CGCGGAAAAACAGCUUUGGUUCCAGUCUUGGAGCGGAGGUUCUGCGAUGAUGAGGCGGGCCGUGGUGCACGUGUCCGUGGGCUUCCUGCUGUGUGCCGGCCUGGUGAAUACCGGCAUGUUCGCGGACGUUGACGUGGAGCUGAGUUCCGAGCACUACGCGGAGAGGCGGGUCGACGGUCUGCCCGCGUUCUUGGCGAUGCCGUGUAACUGCGUGGUCAAUGUGGGUUACGUGUGCGUGGGUCUGUACUGGCUGCUGUGGCGCGGGGACGACGGCGAGUCGGAGCGCGCCCGCUACAUGAGGCACGUGUUCGCCCUCAUGGCCGUCUUUUACGGCCCCGUACAGUGGACGCGCCUGGCCAUGCUGCGGCGCGCUCCAGCCGUUCUCGACCAGUGGCUGACUUUACCGAUCUUCGCGUGGGUGCCGGUGUGGAUCGACUUUAUCGAGAGGCGGACCGAAUGGCGCGCGUCGCACGCGGCGGCGCUCGAGCUCGGCUCCGUUCUCAGCUACGGACUGGCGAUGGCACACCGACGCGGCUUCGACACGGCGCUCGCAGGUCACGUGCUCUUUGCGGUGUACAAAGGAGUUGGCGUGCAGCGGACGCACGGAGAUGUGCGCACGCGCAGACACCUCGUGCUGGCCGUGCUGUCGUGUGCAGGCUUCGUGCUCCUGAAGCUGCUGGAUCACCACCUGGCUCAGUACCGCCUGUUUCAGCGCCUCACCGGACACUUCUGGUCCAAAGUGUGCGACGUGCUGCAGUUCCACUUCAGCUUCUGCUUCCUGACCAGGCUGACGAGCAGAGCGCGGGCCAAGACUGAGCCGCAGCAGCAGUGACAGACACGCAGCAUCCUCACAGCGUCCUCACAGCAUCCUCCAGCUGGGAGUCUCAUUCCACACAAGACCACAUCUUCAUCUCAGCAUAACUCUAGAUUCUGUUCAGCUUCAGUACUUUAGUUCCACAUAAAUAUUGAUUCUCACUGAGCUACAGUAGCAGCUGCAGCAUUCGAUGUGCUUAAGUACAAGUGGCCCAGCCACUUGUCUCUAGCUCCAAUCAGCUGUAUCUAAUAAUAGAAAAAUGAGCAGAAUGAUGCCGGUGGGAGGACAGAACAAAGAAAACUGCUGCUCUCAGGAAAAGGACCACUACCCCCAAACUUCUGUGGACUCUUAAGACCAAAGCUGACCACUGCAGUGUGACUGGAGUAAACGUGACACCGUGACAUUAAACUUCAGCCCUCCUUAGGGGUGAAGGAUUCCUGCUUACAGACAGGGGCGGAUCUAGAGAAAUUUUCUUAGGGUGGCAUGAGGGUGGCAAAGAAAUCAAAUGGGGUGGCAAAAUCAAAGCCAUUUUUUUGCCCAAACACAUAUGCAGGUGGUUACAUAUG